AUUUGUGGUGACACCACCACUCAAGCGCGCGGGCCCGAGACCGAUCCGCCAAUGCGCCUCCGCGCGCGGUGAUCCCGCCAUGACAAAAGGCCGGGAUCUAAGAAUCACGGAUCAACUUUGGACUAUAUAAGUAGCACGCACCCAAGCAAAUAUGAGAGAACCCACGGGACAACAAAGAAACAUAUUUACUAAAAGGCUCAGCGCCAAUAGCGCCACAAGGACUCCGCGUCCGCGCACAUCCCAAUAUUCUAAUAAUCAUAAUAAAGAGCAUCUCUCAACACUAUCUCUAUCUAUCUUGGACUAUGUUAUCCGGGCGGCGACGGUGCCUCCUCGUGAGCACGUCACUAUUUAAUAUAACCC